UCACACACAAUUUUUUCUUAGACUUUUUCCAAGAUCGAUUAAUUUACUCUCCACCUAUUCGCUGCAAAAGUCAAACCCAAAAUGUCGCGCAAAACCUUCGGCGAAAUGAAAAAAAGUCACAUAUCGCGCGUCACCUACAACUUCGCGCUGAGCAAAGAAAUCGAAAAUGCGAUGAUUUGGCGCCAAUCUUUGGAACUGAGGGAUAUUGUACGUGGUAAAAGUAUAGAUGUCACACCCAAACUCAUCGAUACCGACACGAGAUCAACGCUCCGUUUUCGCAAUAUAGCCACCUACGCCGAAGAUCUUAUAAAACAAAUGACCAAAAGUUCCAGCGUACAAAGUUUCAACAGUCGCAGAAUAAGCAUAAGUUCAGUGAAAGCCAAGUCCAGUACACGCUUGGGACUGAAGCUUUCACUGGAUGAAAUCAUACAAGCAAUUGGAUCGACCGGUUCACUCCACGAAAAUCAUCACUAUUACCAUGAAAUUACAUACGCCAAGCGAGAACCUUUACCUUUUAUAAAAGUAGUUUUGCGCAAGUCGCCCGAAUUCGUGUUAUACCAUCAAAACAGUUUUACCGUACCGAAAGGCAGUGCAGAAGCCGAGGCUGUUGAACAUGACAAUCAUAUUUACGAUUACCUAACAACCGGUAAGGGCAAGGUACGUCGGCGUUCCGAUGCCGAAACGCAGACGGUCGGUGUGCUAAUGAAGCCGCGCACUGUCAGUACAAUCUCAAAGAAAUUCGGUGAAAGGGCGGCCUACGUAUCAUUUUUCGAAAUGUUCGACACCUACCAACAAUUACUCCAAACAUCGACGGUGCUCAAUGAACGGCACUCCCUAAGUACGGGCGUUUUAGAUUUAAUUGCAAAAAAUCCACAAUUCUCCUAUGCGGCCAUGGUGUUGGAACGCAUACUGGCUAGCAAUUGCUAUCAUCAGGGACAGCGCCGUUAUCGCAACAUGAAUAUACCCACUAAAAUGGACAAAUAUGCCGAGUAUAAAUAUUCGCUGAAUCUGCUCUAUCGUCUGAUACAGCCCAAGUUUCAAGGUGGCCUGGAUAAGCGACGCAAAGCUAUUGCUGCUCUAAGCUUUUGUCAUGGCAAUGGUGAUCUAAUAGCCGUCGCAUAUGGUUUCUAUUCGGAUGCCGCGAAAGUGACCGUGCCGAAUGGUAAUGUCUGCGUUUGGAGUAUGAAGAAUCCACAAAACCCGGAACGCCAAUACAGCUAUCCAGUGCCAGUAUCAGCAGUUGAGUUCUCACCAUUUUUACCUUUUCUCCUUGCCAUUGGCCUAUACGAUGGCACAGUGCAAGUGCGAAACAUAACAAAACCGGACUAUCCGCCGGUUGCGAUUUCGCAGCGUAGCGUUUUAUUGAGCUGUGAACCGGUAACCGCUAUACAAUGGAUUCGCCAAACACAAGAGAAUGCCGCCGAAGCAGAUCCAUUUUUAGCGCUAACUCGUGAUGGCAAAGUAGCGAAAUUUCGCAUUAUAGCGAGCCCAUAUCUGUUGGGUAUGCGUCAGAUGGAGCUACUGCGCAUCGAAGGCAAUCCUGAGGGUUUUCAAUCCAAAAAUAUUUUAAUGAACGAAGAAAAAUCGCUCGAUUCGGGGCGCAGCGCUAGCGGUUUGCAUCUGGUUAUGCAUCCGGUGCAAAGCGAUAUCUAUUACAUACUCACCGACGAGGGUUGCAUACAGAAGUGCUCGUUGAAUCAUACACAUCAUUAUUUGGAGAUGUUGAAGGUUCAUGAGGGCUCCGUUAAUCAUAUGGAUUUCUCACCUUGGUCACCGAAACUGUUUCUAACCUGUGGCAAUGAUUGGACCAUUCGUAUUUGGCUGGAGGGUAUUUUUCAGCCUCUAAUAACCCUUUGCGGCCGCUAUAUGCCAGUUCAUUGUGCUAUGUGGAGUCGCACUCAUUCAACGGUAAUUAUUGCUGUCAAUCGGGAAACUAUUGACAUGUGGGAUUUACGACGAAAUUUAUUGGACCCUAUAUCAACCACAAAUAUUGACUCUUCAUUUCAUACUUUAGCAAAAUUGAGCUUAUGCGGCCGUUCGCUCGCUCUCGGCAAUGAACGUGGCAACGUGCUGAUGUGCAGCUUCGAACAUAUGCCCUUUCAAUCCCACAAUCAAUACGCUGAGUUGGAGAAAGCGAUCUACAAUGCCAUUAAAUUAUCACCGACUCUAAUGCAAGAUCUCAAGAAUAUUGGUUACUUUGGCUACAAAGUAGAGAAUCAUCAUUCCAAGUCAGUGUACUGGAAAUAUAAAUGAGCUAAACUUAAACUCAUAUUUUUACUAAUAUUAUUAUCACAUAAUAAUUGGGCUUUGUACUUGUAACUCGAUAUUGGAGACAUGAAAUAUAAUGUUAAUAUAAUUUUAA